CCCAACUCCAAAACAGCAUAAAUUGAAACUUUCCUCCCCAAAAUUCAACAACGCGGUUUCUCAAAUUCCAUAAAGCUACCAGCUUAAAAAAGCAAACCCCUUCGUUCUUUUGUUCGCAUUAAAUCGGUCUACAAAUCAUUCAGAAAAAAAGUACAUUCUUCGUUUAGGAAUUGAAUUCCGUUCAAGUUUUCAAAGGUCUCUCCGUUUUUGUACUGCAAGAUCAUAGAAGAAUAAGAAGAAUAUGUGUCCUAUGAGGUUUAUUUUGGUGUUCUUUUCAGCAUUUCUUGCUGGGUAUUUCGCCUGGAGAACUGUCCGUUCUUCUUCGGAAAUCGACACGGCUAUCUCGGAGGAUUCGAUGAGCGAAACGGCAUUGUUGAAAGAUAAACAAGAGUUCAAUUUCAAAAGGUUGGUUCAAAACGGGUUCUGGGUAUUCGUUGACAUGGCUAGCGGGAGGUACUUGUGGAGGAAUCUCAAGGAGAUGAAGAAAGAUUAGAGCAGAAGUAGAAUUUUUCAUCUUCUAUUUGAAUCUUUCCAGUGUAGAGAUCUUUUACCACUCUGUACGUGUAGAAAACUUCUGUUGAGAAUCUGCUUUCAGAUUGUAAGAAUCCCAUUCGCAAUUAAUGAAAGAAAAAUCAUAUUUAAGUUUCAA